CCGCCCCUUUAAAAUGAAAACAACAAACAGCCUUCUGCGGAAGGUGGCGAAGGAAGUGUGAAAAAUUAUGGAAAAUGCGAGUUUUUCGCCCUGCGGCAAGAGCGUUUGAACUUUUGCGCCUUUGGCGGGGCAAAGGGCGGGGCGGCUGCGCUCGGGGCAGCCGUCGUUGGGUUCGGCCGUAGACGUCAAAUCGCAAAAUGGCAGUGGUGAGAGGGUGAUUGGAUAAUUCGCAGCCUAAUCCACUUGAUUAAGUGGGCUUUGAAAAGGCCGAGGGCCUCAGGGAGGCGCGCCGCGGCCGCCCCACGUUUCUGCGAAAGCUGCCGCCGGCCCAGUUCGCCGCACGAGGCCCCCAGGGGCCGAGAAAAUGGUGAUAGCAAUGCCGGAGACGAACAAGCAGUCGCCCCUGGCCGUCGCCUGCGUCUCCAACGCUGAAGAGUCGCCCAACAUUAUCGUCUACCGAAAGAUGGAGAAAAUCGUCGAGCAAAUGCAAGAUGAAUCAACUGGUGUCCCAGUUCGGACGGUAAAAAGCUUCAUGUCCAAGAUUCCGUCAGUCUUCACAGGCUCCGACUUGAUCGCAUGGAUGAUGAAAAAUCUGGACGUCGAAGAUCAAAUUGAAGCUUUGCAUGUGGCUCAUUUGAUGGCGUCGCACGGCUAUUUCUUUCCCAUCGAUGACCACAUCUUAACCGUGAAGAACGACGGCACAUUCUACCGAUUCCAGACUCCGUACUUCUGGCCGUCAAAUUGCUGGGAGCCGGAAAAUACAGAUUACGCCGUCUACUUGUGCAAAAGAACAAUGCAGAACAAGGCCAGACUGGAGUUAUCGGAUUUUGAGGCGGAAAAUCUUGCGCGACUGCAGAAGAUGUUUUCCAGAAAGUGGGAAUUUAUCUUUAUGCAGGCGGAAGCUCAAAGUCGUGUUGACAAAAAGAGAGACAAACUGGAGCGGAAGGUACUUGACUCUCAGGAGAGAGCUUUCUGGGACGUGCACAGACCUGUGCCUGGAUGUGUGAACACUACUGAAAUAGACAUCAAAAAGGCUUGCAGUAUGAAUAAACCAACCCAGCAGAAGUCGCUUCCGAUUGCCAAGCCUUCUCCGAGCCCCAUGUUUCCUCUAGAGGCGAGCAACAUGGCAGCUGCUGUGAUAAAUGCCAUUAGCGUGUCUGCAGCUGUCACCACCACAGCCCAUGUUGAGCCCCAGAAAGACCCAGUUAUCGUAGUAAAAAGAGAAAUUGAAACCCUAAGACAAAAGAUCGAUCGACGAAACUUCAAAAUAUCCAAAGUGGCUGAGAGUUAUAUUUCCUAUUACGAGCAAUAUUACGAGUACGAUCCAUUUUUCACUCCACCUGAAUUACCAAAUCCUUGGACUUCUGAAAGUUUGGAGACAUGGGAUCCAGAAAAGCAACUUGAGGUAUCAGCUCGUAGGGUUAAGAGGUGGGCGUUCAGCUUGAAAGAGCUGAUGAUGGACCCUGCAGGCAGGGAGCACUUCAGCAAGUUUUUGGAUAAGGAGUUUAGCGGGGAGAAUUUAAAGUUCUGGGAGGCUGUGGAAAACCUGAAGAGUUUGCCGCUUUCUCAAGUGGCGUCUGAGGUUGAUUCGAUCUGGAAUGAGUUUCUCGCCCCUGAUGCGAAGUGUUCUGUCAACAUUGAUUGUAGGUCACUUGAGCUGACAAAAGAGGCCAUGGCCACGCCCUCAAGAUCGAGUUACGAUGUAGCUGCUGCUCAUGUUUAUCAGCUAAUGAGAACUGACAGUUAUCAGCGAUAUUUGAGAUCUGAAAUGUACAAGGACUUCUUGACUGGAACAAAAAAGAAGACCUCAGUGAAGGGCAUCAGGUCGAUUGUCAACUUCACCGGCAGAAAGGACACCCUGGUGCCUAGCACCUAAGUUUACCAUGGACGCUCCAGUGUUGAAUAUUUUGAUGCCAAAGAUGAAAAUGAGUGUUAUUUUAAUAUUCUGUUUAGAGCCAAACCGUGAGCCCUCUCUUUCAAUGUUGAAAGCGAAUAUAUCAAGAGAUGCAAUAAUUAAAAUGCAGAAAUUUAUGUGUAGAUAUUUUAAAAACGAACUCUGCAAAUAAUUGUAUAACUACCAGGAUACUGAGAUAUGCUUCACGUGUUACACAAAAGCGGAGAAUCUUCCUUACUGUUAAAUGUUGUAGAUGCUAAUAAGAAAAUUCACGUGCAGUAUUCACAAACUAUUGUGUAAUAAGCAUUUAACUGCUGUUCUAUAAGUGUUCUUCUUCUAUUUAUUGAACUUCACACUCUCUGUACAUUUUGUGGAAAAACGUACACGGAUCAAAAAAUGAUGACUAAUGUUAAGGCUGCUUUUAUCUUAAAAAGCAGAUCUACGGGUAUUUAAAUGCAUUUUACGGACAAAACACGCAAAAAUUAAUGUAUUGAAUGGAACCCUUUGAUUGGCUCCAUGGCAAUGUAUGAUCUUUGCUGCCAAAUUUAUUCCAGGUGUUGCCACAAAGAUUGUUGAAAUUUUGCUACUUGAAGCAAGAAGCAAAAAUGAAAUUGUGAAAAUUUAUGUAUAACAAUAAUACGCAGAGCCAAAGAACAAGAGUUAUUUUUAAUUUUUGACUACACUUACACCAUGAAAUAUCUAUUUUUUCUGAGGAUUGGAAUUUUGUUUAGAUCC